UAAGCGGCAUAACAAACAAGAUGGCUGCCUCCACUGAAGAAGUUCCGAAGGGUAAACGAGUAACAAGAAGUGUCCUUCCUCCACAGUUGAGUGGUGGACCUCAUGGAUUAGGUGACCCAGAUGACAAAUCACUAAGAAAAGUUGAAGAAACCAUUAUGAUACCUGCCAAGAUGAAGGAAAAAGCAAAGAAAGAAAAAUGCCAAGAAGAAAUAAUAGCAUUUGGAAAGUGUUCUAAAGAACAGGGAUUUAUGAUGCCGUUUAAGUGUCGAGGUCAAGCAAAAAUAUUAGAAAAAUGUCUGACAGCUUGGUAUGAGAAUGAAGAGUUCCAGAAACAGUGUAAAGAAGAAUAUUUAGAAGAACGAACAUUUUAUCGCGCGACAGGUAUCAAGAAAAAGUUGAGACGUAAAGAUGCGAUGUUGUAAACAAAAGUGCUGCCUUGUCUUGUGGUUUUGGACAUCUAGGACUGACAGUACUCAUGAGAAAAUGGAAUAUUGAGUAAUUCAGAAAAGGAUGAAAUUUAAUUUAACAGAAAGAUACUUUAAAUUAUGUCCGAUUACUAAGAACGAAUAAUGUGGCAAAUUGUUAAAUUACAAAAGAAAGGUGUGUGAAUGUUCCAAUGAGGAGUGGUACCAGAUGUUCUUGUAUAUCACUUCAUUUUGCUUACUUGACAUUUUGUGUAUGUGGUCUAAGGGGAGACAACUUAUCACUACUGAUGAGAACAAGAACUGGCUGUGUGAACAUCCUAAUGAGAAGUGGUAUCAUGUGUUCCUGUAUGACAUAUAUCACUUCUUAUUAUUGCUGACAUUGCAUUUUAAGUUUGUGGUCUAAGGGGAGACAACUUGUCACAGCUAAUGAGAAUAAUGAAUAUUGAGGAAUUUCAAAGUCAAAAAAUUUAAAUAUUAUUUUAAAAUUAAAACCACUGAAAUUAAAAAAAAUAUAGAAUUCUGUCAGGUUACUUAGCAAAAAAAUAAUAUGGUAAUGUGUUAAGGGGCAUUAUGGGAGUUUAAGUAAAGAGCUGACAGUUCUCGCUAUAAUAGUUAAAAAAUAGAAAACGUAAAGAGAAUAUGCUGAGAAUUUCAGUUAAAUUGCUCCACUCUGAACCGAGAUAAUAGCGAUUUAAUUUUAGGUUAGCCUCUAUCAUCAUUACUAAAGUCAGUCUGAUGAAAAACACCAUUUUGACGUUAAAUCAUCCCUCACAAAAUGUAUUCAAAUCCUUUAAAUAUCGCAGGCAAACAAGUCUUGGUUAUCCAUUUUGACGUUAAAUCAUCCAUCACAAAAUGUAUCCUAAUCCAGUAAACAUUGCAGGCUAGCGUUGACAUCGAGAGUUGAUUAUGGUCUGGAUAAGUUAAGGCCGUCGUUCGCACUUCAUUUGGUGAAUUUUAACAAUAAAAUCGUUUUUGAGGUUUUAUGAUUAUCUGCGAGUAACACUAUCUAGGAACACAUACCAGUCAUUUUUUUCACAAAAUUCUUCUUUAUUUCUACAAAAUUUGAUUCUGAAUGAUCCCACCCUUUUUUAUUUUGCCCUAAUUCCGCUAAAACUAUUGAUAUAAAUCUAAAAACAAUAGGCAUUUCAUACGUGAAAUACUUGGCUUCCGACCGGUAAACUGUCGCCAUGUUGGAUACUGUUAGAAAGCUUGGGAUUUCCCCUAUUGAAAGGAAAUGACGUUUUUUGGGGGUGUCUUGAAACCUUUCUUCUGUAUUGAGAUAAAAAUAGCAAGCAAGAACAAGUUUUGCAUACCUAAUGAGGUUGUUUCAAGAUUACGUUAUUUGAUUGGUCGGUCACAUAGGUCAAUGGUGAGGUGUCCUAUCAGAAGCGGGCAAUCCUCUAGGUCAGGUCAAUAGGCAUGCGCACUAAGCUCAGGUCCCAAAUCAAUCCUGGUUGCUAUAUUGCUGAACCGUACGUCACUGUUUAUCAAUAUUUUUGAAGAUUUUCAAAUAAAAUGCGUUUGAAAUUGUUUAGAUGACUAAAUAAGUAUGACAGACACUCAUAAUAAACAAAAUGAAGAUGAAUAUUCGUCUGCUAGACCUAGUAGUGGUAUGGUUGCAAUACCAUUACCAGGUAGGCCUGCUGUCAGUGAUUAUUAUAGUUAUGGUUGUUUUGAAUAACAUCUAUUCCUAUGCCAAUGUUCGGUUGUAAAUUUACACACAAGAAAUAAAAUAAGAAAAUACUGUAUAUUGAUAAGAAAUACAUUAGAAAAUAUAUAUAUUAAAAGUCAGUUUUUUAAUAUUAAAUAAAUGAAUUGAACAGAUCGGCGUAAGUUGUUCUACUGAAAUACUUCAACUUCAGUUGUUGAUUUCUCAAAACAGUUUUUUUCUAGAGUUACCAAUUUUAGUCAUGCUAUAUCUCUGGAAAUUAUCGUCAGAUUUUCUUGAAACUUGGAAUAUAACUUCCUAUAUAAUAACUUUGUGCAAUAGGAGAAUUUGAUUGAAAUCUGCAAAAUAGUUCCUGAUAUAUUGUUGCCAUAGCAACUGUGACACGUGAAAGAAUUUUGAAGUUAACAUUAAAAUGUGUAUAACUUGCUUUCUAAUUAUUAUUUUGUAAUGAAACUUGCCUAUUGCACAAAGGAACAUGUCAGUAACCUCUCUGCUUAAUUUUAAAACAUUCUGUUGAAUAGUUUCUGAGAAACUGGAUGACUAAAAUUAUACGCAGAAAUCCAAGAUGGCCGCCGUUUCCAUAGCAACAGGUACCCCCAGGAAAAUUUUUCGGCCGUUUUUGUAAUAUUCAAUGGAUGUGUUCUUAGAUGUGUAAGAAUGGUGACUUUACCUCAAUUAUUAAAAAAACUGAAAUUUUCUACUGUCCACCCCCUUAAUUAAUGUCUAAUUAAUAAUUUACAUGUAGAUAACAUUUCAUGUGUAAAGAAGGGCCUGUAAUAGGCAGAUUUAGCUCUUGAAUAAUGUAUGUUUAAAUAAUGUCAAGUUACUACGGAAACUGAAGUGCUGAAGUAAAAGAUAGGUAAAUGUGGAAUGAUAUACUUGUAUGAAUUACUUCUUUUGUGGUCUAAGGGGAGACAACUCAUCCCCAUUAUCUCCCCUUUAUUGAUUUAAAACUGAGGCACUGAAGUACAAGAGAAAUAUAUGUGGAAUGAUAUCAGAUGUUCUUUUGUGGUCUAAGGGGAGACAACUCAUCUCUAUUAUCUCCCCUUUAUUGAUUUGAAAAUUCCUUUUGUGUCUUAAAACCAUCAUUAAUUAGUCUUGAUCAUUCCAGUCUGUGUUAGUCAGGACAAAAUAUACUGUAGCUAGAUUUGUAUCAAAGAUCAUAAGGAAAAUCUUAUACAUCUUUUGAUUGGUUGAGAGGAAAAAUUGUCUUGCAUUUUAAAUACACAGAGUGCAUUGUUAACUGGUGGAUUGAGACAACAUUUCACAUAAUUCAUUGUGUGAAUUGUAUACACGAACAACAAGACAUCCAGUUACCAUAUACCCAUAGAUUGCACUUUUCCAGACCUUAAUCCUUCUUGUCAAAUUGGAAUUAUUAUGACUAUCACACUGUAACCCGGGUGAUUUUAGAUGAUCUUUAUGAAUUUUCAAACAAAGAUUGAUACUGAAUGAAUGUGAAUAAAAAUAAGGACUAAAUAUGUAAGAUUAAAUGAUACCAAGAACUCACUGCAACAGAUCGUUUCAUUAGCUAAUCCCUUACAUCAACCAGAAUGCGGGAUGUAUAACAACUCUUCCAGAUCCUAGUGUAGUAAAACAAAAUUUUGAACUUUAAAAAAGGAAACGAAAUAGGAUCUGUGUUUUAAUCCGAUUGAAUUUGUUCUUAACCUAGUUUCUUACUGCGAUUUAUUGAAAUAUAAAUAAAAUAGAAAUAUACAUAACAUAGUUUAUGUUGUGUGGAUGUUCGACUUCAUUUCUCUCUCUCUGUUUCACUUAGCAAACUAUUGUUUAAAUGGUUAUCGAGGGUUGUGGGGUCCUGAAUAAGGUCUGUCAUUGAGUGGUGUGGUUUCGUUCCUAUAUAAGCUUGUACCUAACAAAGAGUAGGGUCGCCUGUCCAACCUUGUGGGUUUUCUACAAGUUCUCCGGUUUCUUUCCACUGUUAAAGUGACAACUGUAUGCAAACGAAUUAUUGAUAAUAAAAUUUGGGGGUUGGAUGGCCGAAUGGUUAGCACAUGUAUGCUGUAUCAUAAGACCUGUUAUUGAGUCAACUGGCGUGGUUUCGAAUCCCCGGUUGUACGUGACAAGGAGUAGGGUCGCCUGUCCAACCUCGUGGGUUUUCUCUGGGUCCUCCGGUUUCCUCCCAUUGCUAAAGACACCUACGCGCAAGCGAAUUAUUGAAAUAAAAUUAAAUCAUAGGUUAGUCCUGAAAUGACCUAGUUUGUGUCGAGUGGAUGUUAAAAACAUAUUUCUCUCUCUCUGAUAGUAAAAUUGAACCAUAUGUUAGUCCUUAAAUAACCUAGUUUGUGUGGAGUGGAUGUUAAACCCCAGUUGUGCCAUUCUUCCAAGCUGAGUUGUCUUCCCUUACAGUUCACACUAUAGAGUUUGUGAUUGUGUUUAUAUAGAAUGAAGUAUACUUUUCUAUCAUUUAAUAUAAAAUUGAUUAAUGUAUUAUUUGUAAAUAAAAUUAUGAAAUAAAUUA